GGCUGACCGGCGGCGACAGUAGUGGCCUCGGCGUCCCGCGUCCCGCCGGCGCCGGCCGUGAGAGCCGUUCCCUCAGGCCGCGCUGACCUCCGGUGACCUCAGACCGCUGACCUCCGGUGACCUCCUGUGACCCGGCCCACCAGCCAGCCAUGACGCUCUCCGACGACCCUCUGCUCUCGGUCGACUUCGAGGUGUUUGGUCACGUGCAAGGCUGCUUCUUCCCGAAAUACCUGAAGGAGAUGUGCGACAGCCACGGAGUCACCGGCUGGGUGAAGAACACCAAGCAGGGCACCAUCUGCGGGAAGCUGCAGGGCCUGAAGACGCAGGUGGACGAAAUAGUCGAGUGGAUGACGAGGACGGGCAGCCCGGGCUCCAAGCCCGAGCGCUGCGACCUCUCCAACACCAUCUACAUGAACGCGCAGGACUUCAGCAGCUUCUCGGUGCGCUUCUGAGGGGGCCUCCGCUGGCGUCGC